CACGUAGAGCUGCGAGUGUACGUAUUUUGGUCGUUUACAAUAGAGCUGCUAUAAAACCACGAAGGGCGAGCUUUUUAGUGGCCAAGCUGUUUUGGAAAGUAAAAGACUAAAACAAGCAGCUAAAUUAACUGACCGCAGCUUCGGGUCGGUACAAAAACAGAAACAAACUGGAAAACAGUGGAGUUUAGCUGCUGUUCCAGCUACUAGCCUAGUUUUUUGUUUUUAUUUCCUGUAGUAAAGACGGAGAUUCUGCCUUCUUCAGAGGUAGUCUCUCAUGUUCAGUCUGCUUUCCUGAAGUUAGUGGAGUUGGACAAGAAGCAACACACAAGAUAUGAAGCUUUAGAACCAGAGAAGCUUUCACAUCAACCUGGAUCUCACUUCUAACACCACUGGGAAAUCAAUAUGUGCUGUCAAGGCCAGCCAUGCAUCUAAGGUCCUACCCAAAGCUCCUAUGCGCAGAGGUGCAUUUGGAUGCAGUCCGUGUUCAGACGUCAUCUCAGAGGAGCGCUUAUUUUGGUAGUCAUCAGGAGACGCUGAUGAUGAAGAUGUCCAGUAACCAGAGCAACAUCAGCACCAGCCGUAUUCCAUUAAGCUUCAUCUCCACCAACACACUCUGCUACAGCACCGGCGGCUCAUCACAUCUGAAGGCGUUGCGCGGCACCACCGGGCAACAGCUCUCCUGUCAGACCGACGGCAGAUGCAGCGCUCCCCUCGGACCGUGCCGGAGUGCCACGGAGGAGGCUGAUACGGUGCCGAACGUGUGGACAGUCAUCAAACCUGGACACGUGCGCGAAAAGAUUGCAAUAUUUGCUUCGGAGGCAACACGGACGGAUGGGGCAGACAGUGGCGAUUGCAGCUCAGCUCACUGCUUGAGCCACAGCGAUCCAGUUGCAAAGGCAUGUGCCAACGGCAGCACUCCGCUGGGGCCGCUCCGCGCCGUGAAGGCCAAGGGAAGUUGGGAAGAAAAUCGCUCUGCCAAGAGGCGCCGCAGGUGCUUAAGCAACCAGAACCAUCAGCUGGACCAGAGGAGCCACAUCCUGACUGAAGCAGAGCUGAGGUGCUCAGAGGGUCCCGGAGGCCAGCAUGGUGAGGCACCGGAGCCAGCCAGCGGACCAUCGCCAACGGAGGAGGAGCAGAAGAUCUCUGUGGUGGAGAUGGUAGCAUUCCUUGAGCAGAGAGUGAGCGAGCUGCAGCCAAACCUAAAACCUCUGUUAAGCCUCCAGAGGAGCUCUACCACCAUCACCCUUUCCAGAAACCCCCGGCCUGAGAUCAAGGAGGGAGACGAGCCAGACAUCGUCAGGGUGUCAGAGAUGGUGGCCAAGUUGGAGUCCAAGUGUCUGAGGAGCAGCGAAACGAGUCUGUCUAGGAGCAACAGCCUGAAGAGGACGGUGGGGCGUGUCCUGCUGACUGCUGGACAGAAGAGCUUCAGCUCCUGCUGGACACAACCCCAGCCACAACCCUCAUCAGGACCACCUGAAACUCUGACAGCAGUCCGGGUGGAGCUGCCUGUACAGGUGAAACCUGCUGUCCGGGUGGAGUCCCCUGCCUGGGUGUUGCCCCCCACCCCAGCUGCACCGUCUCAGGAGGUUUCCGGGGAGAUGGCGGGCCUUUGGAGUGCAGAGCAGGAGCCGCUGCCCGGCCUCCUGUUCCGGUCUUCUGAUGAGACGGGGCCAACGCUCUGCACCCCCCAUUACAGAACGACCUUUUACCUGGAGCCCGCCCUCCCUCCGGUCAGCGCCCCCCAGAGGUCAGAGAAGAACAAGUUUCACAAGACCAUGGGUUGUCCUCCUUGCUCUGCCGCGGUGCCUCUCGGCCGUAGCGCCUCGGUGUCGCAGGACUUCCUGCGGGUGCGCCAGAGGCUGCAGCAGCUGCUGGCCCCCCAGUCGUACCUGCUGCUGCUGCCGCACCACCUGCUGGUCAACCUACUGCUGCUGCUGCCCACCCAGAGCCUCGCCGCGCUCAAGUGCACCUGCAGCUAUUUCAAGUUCGUCAUCGAGAACUACAGCGUGCGGCCGGCCGACUCACUCUGGGUGUCUGACCCCCGUUACCGUGAUGACCCCUGCAAACAGUGCAAAAAGCGCUAUCGCCCUGGAGACGUGUCUCUGUGCCGCUGGCACCACAAGCCGUACUGCCAGGCUCUGCCGUACGGGCCGGGCUACUGGAUGUGUUGCCACGGCGCCCAAAGGGAUGCGCCUGGCUGCAACGUGGGUCUCCAUGACAACCGCUGGGUGCCUGCGUUUCACAGCAUCAAUGUGCCAAUUUAUAGGAGGAACUAUCACUAUGAAAGCUGAAUUAUUUUAUGUGUGUGUGUGUGUAGAGCCGUAUGAAUAGCAGAGGGGCUGCCUCAGUCCCAGUUAUUAUCAGCUGAUGCCUUGUCAUGUGUAACCCUUUUACUAAAAAUGGUUUCCAGCAUCAAAUUUGUUUUGUCAUGACUGAAAGCAUGUUCAGCCCCCCAGGCUGGGCUCGUCCUGCUGCAGCAGUCUGCUGAAUGUGUUCAGGCUGGAUCACUAACAUCCAACAGUCCUUAUUGUUUUCCUGGCCGUUACCGUCUGUUUGUUCCAGCAAAGCCCUGGAUAAAUUAGGGAUUGUGUUCAGCUUGAAGUAAACCGGCAGGCUUCAAUUUGGGAGUAAAACUCGGUGCAGUAGGUUGAAGUGUUGGCAUUGUAUUUCCACAGAGGGAAAAAAAAAGUCUUAAGAAACAUCAGGAUUUAAAGCAGCUAAUGGUCGGAUUUGUUUUGGAAAAAAUGUUGUCGCUGCAUGCAGUGUGGCGCCCCCUACUGUUCAAUCUGACACCUUUCAGCAUUUUCAGUUUUCAGACUGAGAUUUUGUGUGUGUUUUUUUUUUUUUUUUUUUUUUUUGAUUGAUCUCCUUUUUGGAAGAGGAGCAUUCCUCUGGAACUCUUCCAAGUUCCAGAGUUAGAACAGAACAUCACUCUGCUGCCAAAGUGGAUCUUUGGUCAUCUGACCAGUCAGGCUGCUAACACCAGUACUGUCUGGUGUUGUGGAGCCAGUCAGAUGGCACAUCUUGUGGGAGAACGAUCUGCUAUCAUCAUAGAGACAUUCAGGAGAGACUCGGAUAGCUGGGAAGGUAGUAAGUUGUUAUACACACACACAAACACAUCUGGUCUGUUUUGCAUAGGAUUUGUGUGUGUUCGAUUUGUGCGAGUGCUUCCACUAGCUGACAGAUAAUCAUUGUAUUCCUUUGUAGGAUGCGGAGAAAUGUGGCCUUGAGUCUCUGAGACGAUGCAAUAUGGAAAACUUGACAAUAAAGAUUAUUUUAAAAAUUUAUAAGAUAUGAACAUGAACUUUGUUUUUGUUUGCUGGGUUAUGCCUGCUGGCUCUGAAAUUUUUGCUGUAAAGAUGUUAUGCUUUAAUAAAAUGCUUUCUGCUCUUUUCUUCAUG